GUCUAGUAUUUUUUAACGCAUAAAAUGCCUCAAAAAUGGUUCCAUUUUUGUAUGAUAUUCGCUUGCAUUACAAACAUGAGCUUUGCGCAGAAGCAAAUACUCUUUACAAAAGUGCAAUGCGUCCUAAUGAGUAGCCAAUUCAUCAAGGUGGACUGUGUUCAAGAGAGCAACAACUCGAUUACGAUCCAUCUAACGACAAACAACAAGGACAUUGCGAAUUUGUGGAUUGUAUCGGAUCUGAAUCUUUAUAUAUUUGGCGUUAAGAAUGUGAUGCGUCUUCAUGGACUGCGCACAGAAUAUUGCAAAGCUCCCACACCAGGCAGCCGGCCCAAUCUACAGACCAUGCUAUACCAGGGCAUAAAGAACGCCCAAAAGUGUCCACUUAGAAGGGUGAGCCUAGACUACAGGGGGUGCCCCCUAGAUUGUGACAGCUUAGACAGCUUAUGCUCCAUUAAAUCAAUUACAGAACAGCAGCUAUUUGUUCGCGCAGAUUAAGUUCGAUGCGAACUAUUUGCCCUCUUAUCUACCGGAAUACAACUUCACUUACGUUGGUAAUUUAUUUGGGGACAGUGUGAAAAGCGGAGAGUUGCGAAUGCUUGGAUCGUUUUGUUUUACCUAUAACGAUUGCACGGGCACUGCCAAAGCUAAUGUUUA